UGCAGCCCCGCCGCCACGCGCCGCGGCCGCGUCCCCGCCCCUCCGCCAUGGCCGACGUGGAGGACGGGGACGAGCCGGGCGCCCCCCACUCGCACCCGGGCUCCUCGGCCUCCAAGGCGGGAGGCCCCGACAAGAUGUUCUCACUGAAGAAGUGGAACGCGGUGGCCAUGUGGAGCUGGGACGUGGAGUGCGACACCUGCGCCAUCUGCCGGGUGCAGGUCAUGGAUGCCUGCCUUAGAUGUCAAGCUGAAAACAAACAAGAAGAUUGUGUUGUGGUUUGGGGAGAAUGCAAUCAUUCCUUCCACAAUUGCUGCAUGUCGUUGUGGGUGAAACAGAAUAAUCGUUGUCCCCUCUGCCAGCAGGACUGGGUAGUCCAGAGAAUAGGCAAAUGAAAACACCGGAAGUUUUCUGUUGGACUUGUUGGAGUUGUGUAUAUCUUAUGCCAUACACUCAUACAGAAGAGUGGAACAUCCCAAUCAUGGCGUGAUGUACUGAGUUUAUCUGCUACAGGGAACAGUGUGGUUUUGCUGUGUGCUCUUUGCUGUACUGGGAGGCAGUGGUGAGACUUACUGCAGGUAUUUCUGCAACUGAAGAGAGAGAGGCACUGCAUUACUAAAUGUGUCUGUUAAGAUUUGAGUGUUAACUAUAUCAAGAGCAUAGAAAUGUGGUGGUGCAGAUUAUAUGCCAAAUAAAUUCAUGUAAUGUUUCUACUUAGAGCAAUGCAUUAACUUGAAAAGGAGACCUUUCUAUUAAAUCUGAUGUGCUGUAUAACUUAGUGUCUGAUAAAUUAUUUUGGUUUUGGAUAAAUACGUUGUUUUCCAAAUAAUACUGUAUACAAAAACACUUCUAAGUGUUUUAGCAAGUAUUUUGUUUUUUAAUCUAAAACUAAUAGCGUGUGGACAACACUAGCAUUCUCACGUAGGCUUUCUUUAUGGCUUAAGAAAAUUAGUUGCAUCUCUGAAGUCUGUUGCUGUUUAAGAUUCUACACGUUUUCUGCAGUCGUACUUACUAAAAUUUAACCACAUCUGUGAUUUAAAUUUAUGUUUCUUUUAAAGUUCAUGGACACAAGUACUUUUAAUCCAGAAAUUUUUGGCACGAAGGCACACAAUGGAUGUCAAUUUAGUCAUGGUGUUAACCGUGUUGCUGGUUAGCUGUCUAAUAUGGAAAACAAAAACAACCAUUUUAAUGUCCCGAGGAAAGCAGGUACCAAUUAAAUCUAGGAAGAUAAUGUUAAAUUGUGCUUUCAUCAGAAUUCAUUUACAGAAAUUUCUUCAUUGUUAUUUUAUUGGAUUACAUGUUUGGUUUGGGAUGUAAGAGGAAGUAUUGUUUCACUGCUGUGGAAAUCCUCAAUAUCUCAUUAUUUUUAAUAGGAUCAGACCUGUGAUUUUUCCUGUGCGUAUUUUAGUGCUUUACCAUUAAUAUCUGAAGUAAUUACUAUUAAUCUGAACAUAUGUUUUGUUGGUUUUUUAAAUAUAUGUAUGUAACAGAGGGAUUGAAUAACUGUUUCUAAGUCUGUAACGAAUUCAGACUUAAUAAAAUGGUCAAUAAACUGGUGGAAUUGAAGUGA